AUGGUUCCCUUUGCUCGGAAAAUAAAUUACGCGGCCUCCCAAACCGCGAAAUACGACCGAAAGAUGGAUUUAGUAGGAGGUGAAUCGCCGUGGGGUGAUGUUCCCUCCCAGUCCGCACCUACCGAAAACCAAGAAUCUUCUGCUACGGCCAACGAUUCUGAACAACCCGCCCAAACAACCUUAACCACCCGCCGAUCUCCACCAGCCAGAGGACCCCGAACACCUCGCAAAAUAAACGCGCAAGCGACGAGGCUGGAAGUGGUCGAUGACUCCCUUGAUCCUCUUGGGCCGCUGGGCGACAAGUCCUUUCCGUCCAUCCUGUCAUACCCGGACCAAGGCCCCACCCCACCCCGAAAGGAACUUUUCUCCAGCAGAAAUGUUCGUCCCGCAUCAUCUACAUCCCAGUCGUCCACUGGUGGUUUGAUGGACUCUGUGGACUUGGACGAUGACGGCCAGGCUGCGCGUGCGAGAAUAAAAGGCCCUCCACCGGUCCAGUCCCCAGUUGAUGCUCCGAAACGGCAGUCACAGCCAAGCAUGCCUGUUGAGCAGGCGGCGAAGCCGUCGUUUGAGAUUACAGUUGGUGAUCCUCAUAAAGUUGGGGAUAUUGCAAGCAGUCAUAUUGUGUAUCAAGUGAGGACGAAGACUACGUCUAAAGCCUAUCGGCAACCUGAAUUCACCGUCAGCCGACGGUACCGAGAUUUCCUAUGGCUAUACAACUCCCUUCAUGGCAAUAAUCCGGGGGUUGUGGUUCCUCCACCUCCGGAAAAACAGGCAGUUGGCCGUUUUGAUACGAACUUUGUUGAAUCACGAAGAGCCGCAUUAGAGCGUAUGCUUAACAAAAUUGCCGCGCACCACAUACUGCAACACGAUGGAGAUCUCAAGAUUUUUCUCGAAAGCGAUACGUUCAACCUUGAUGUUAAGAAUAAAGAGAAUCGCGAACCGGAUAUAGGCCAAAAUAAGGGCAUGUUGAGCUCGUUAGGCAUAUCUGUUGGAGGACCGGGCAAAUUUGUUGAACAUGAUGAUUGGUUUCACGAUCGCAAGUAUACCUUGACGCCCUUGAGAAUCAGCUGA